UCACAUCGCAACUCGCAAUCCGUCUUCUAUAGCUAACGAAUUUCGGCUGAAUAUCGUCAGUAUCGUUCGUCAUCUAGCGGAGUUCGCAAGCCGGGCAGUGGUUCAUAGUGUGUUGUGUCGUCUGUUUGUCGAGUUUGUCCAUCCGGUUCGAGGAAGUACAGUAAAUCACCAUGGUUGUCCCAGAUCUGCAGAAGCCCGCACCCAAGUUCUCCGGAACCGCCGUCGUCAACGGCGAAUUCAAGGAAAUCAAACUGGAAGACUACGCCGGCAAAUACGUGGUGCUGUUCUUCUAUCCACUGGAUUUCACCUUCGUUUGCCCGACCGAAAUCAUUGCCUUCUCGGAUCGCAACGAGGAAUUCCAGAAGAUCGGCUGCCACGUAAUUGGAUGCUCAACCGACAGCCACUUCACCCAUCUGGCAUGGAUCAACACCCCGCGCAAGCAGGGUGGCCUCGGUGAGCUGCAAAUUCCGCUGUUGGCCGAUAAGUCGAUGAAGAUCGCUCGCGACUACGGAGUGCUCCAGGAGGAGAGCGGCGUCCCAUUCCGUGGGCUGUUCAUCAUCGAUGGCAAGCAGAAUCUCCGCCAGGCGACCAUCAACGAUCUGCCCGUGGGACGCAGCGUUGACGAGACUCUCCGUCUGGUGCAGGCAUUCCAGUUCACCGACGAGCACGGUGAGGUGUGCCCCGCCAACUGGAAGCCAGGAUCCAAGACCAUGGUUGCCGAUCCGAAGAAGUCUAAGGAAUAUUUCAACGAUGCUAACUAAACAUACCCAAUAAUAUUGUAUACCGUAAAAUAGCAUUAAGAAGCUGUUGUGACAGAGAUAAUACUCUGCAGCUGUGUAUCCUGGUUGAACCAACACAAAAUGCCACUAAUUAUUCGAUGUAUGGCCUCGAUGCGUAUUGAGUGAUUCUCUCUGAAAACAGGCUGCCUGGUUGUAGCGAGAGUCACUUUUUGUUUUAUCAUUAGAUUAUAUCAAACAUCAGUUAAUAACUGAGGCACUCCUAUGCUCCAAUACAGUCCGAAAACGGAAGAACAAGGGCAAUAAAAUAGUAUUGUUUUUUUCUACACCUCA